UUAAAUUUUCUAACGUCCACUGGCUGCUCUCGCAGUAAAAUACCAAACAAAUCCCUAAUUCCGAACGAGAAUUUACCUACAACAAUAAAUAUUGUUGAAGUACUUUGUUGUAACAUAACUGAAGGUGCGGAGAUUACUCCGUGCACAAAUUAAACUGUAAAACGAAGAUUGAAUAUUUGUUGAAUUUGGAGGGAUAGAUGAGAUGGACGACACCUGUGAGACCCUCUGGCGUUCCAUUGACUCGAGUUUCAACGAAAUUGACCCCUCAUCUGCAGAGGUAUCUUUCAAGAGUUUAACUGGAAGCAGUGAUGACGUUUCAGGAAGUGCCCCACCGGCUGCUGUUACUCCCCAAAAAUGUGGAGUGAGUAUAGAUGAGGGGCUGGUGAACGCUCUACGAAAUCUGCAGCUUGCCUCGGUGAGGAAACCCUGCCAGUUCAGGCCUCCCAUAAUUUUAAGUGACGAUAAACGAGGACUUGAGGAUGCACAUCCAGGGGAAGGGGAUGCUCCAGUCGAUAAUUUUAUGCUUGAGUGUGAGAAUGGCUCAAGAGAAAUGAAGGAACAAGUUGAUCAACCUGAUCUGCAGUCCUCAAUCGUCCCAGAUAAUCUCCAAAACGACAUUAACUUGGAGAUGGAGGAGUUUAUUGAUCUCCUAAGUAAGCAGCCUAGUCUCCUAUUUUCAAUCAUUCCAGAGGAUCUCGAGAUCGAAGAUGAAUCGGAGGAGAUGAAGGAAUCAAUUCAACUCGUCGAUGAACUUGAAAAUGAAUCAGAACGGUCAGAGGAAGUAGUUGAACUAUCUGAACAAGUUGAAAAACUCCCUAAUCCAAAAGAGAUGAAGGAAUUAACUGAACUUGUUGAUGAACUCGUUGAACUAUCUCUCCUAGUGGAGCAGCCCAAUGUGCAAUCCUCAAUCGUCCCGGAGAAUCUUCACAUCGAAAACAAUCCCGAAGACAGGAAUGAAUUUGUUGAACUUGUUGACGAACUCGUGGAAUCUUUACAAGUUGAGCAGUCUAAUGUGCAAUCAAUUGUAUCAGAGAAUCUUCAAAUUGGCAAUGUGACAUCUGAACGUGUGGAGAGUUCAGAAGAGACGAAUAAAUCUAACGACCUCGUUGACCUACCUCAACAAAUGGACCCACAAGAUCCAGUGCAUCCCCCAGUAUCAGACCACAAUCAGUCACUUAUCAAUUACAAAGUCAAACCAAAGGACUCGGAGAAUAAAAAAAUUGCAGAAACACCUCGUGCUAAACCUGCUCCUCUGUCAAUACCUCCAAAUAUCCUGGACAACAUGAAGAAAGCAGUGAAGCCCCUCCUCAAACCCCUCAACACCACAAGGAAGACAACGAUAGGCGUGUCCCCCAUGUUACAAACAAAAUCGAGAUGCAGAGUCACUAAAACAUCGUCAUUGACGCAGUUGAACCAGUCAACGACACAUAAUCAGAUCAAGAAGAAAACGAUUGAGCAGGCACCACUGACAUCGUCAUCCUUGAAGAGACUACCGACUAAGAACGUCGUGGCAACUGUUGUUUCGACGAAGGAAGGGAUUCAACUGAAGGAAGAAAAGAUCAGCAAUUUUGGGAUUCCAGUUAAUAUUGCGAGGAAGAAGAAACGGACUCAAGCGAUUCCCUUCAGCUUUACAACGAGGAAAAAAGAUUUUCAGCAUCAGCAAGAGAGAAAAACACAGCAGAAACUACCAAUGAGAGACUCAAACUCUCUGAAUCAGCAGAAACAACCGCUGAUCAUGAGGUCAACAACAGAGAAAAAGACGUCAGUAACAAAACCCCGACCAGUAAUAAAGUCAUUAUUGUCUGAUGAGUCUAUGAACAAGGAGAACAGAUCGAUAAACUUGAAUAAAUCUAAGACAGUAAUUGGAGGGCCAAAAUUGUCCACUGGACUGAAUCUGAAAGAACGACGCGAUUUCGGGGAAAAGGUAAAGCAACGUGAGAGAGAAAUUGGAGGGAUGAGAGCUUCGAUUGAGCUCAAGAAACAGCAGAAGGAAAAAAUCAUUGAUUCUGAGUUGAGGAAGAAGACGGAGUCCAAGGCGAAUGCCGUGCCAGUGUUCAAGAUCCCAGCCCCAGUGCGAUCGAAUAAACCCUCCACUAUUCCUCGAAAAUAGUAUUCAAGUCUCUGGAGGGAGCAUGAUCUAGCGAAUAUAUGAUAUCGAUUCGUACAAUUCAUAAGGGUUUUCUACGGCUUUUAAUGAAUAUUUUUGUGAACUGAUUUUUGUAAUUUUUAUGACUAGACUAAUGUAAAAGAAAUGAU